AUGGCUGCCCUUCGGAUUUCUGCGACUUUGUCGCGCAAUGCUCUCGCUUGUCGCUCACCCUUUCUCCGGGCUCGCUACAGCGUGCGCCUAUCGCAGCCGUUCAGCACCACCACCAGCACUAAAUAUUCCACAACAGCUCCAUUACUGUCUCUAGCCCCCAAGAUUGAGCGCGGGGGCUCCAAGGUAUUCCAAAAUGCCGAUGCCGCAGUGACAGACAUCAAGAGCGGAUCGACCAUUCUCAGCUCGGGCUUCGGUCUGUGCGGAGUCGCAGAAACACUGAUCAAUGCGAUGCACCGCCGAGGAGUCGAUCGCUUACACUCCCUCACGGCCGUUUCGAACAAUGCCGGCAGCGCCGGCAAAGGCGGACUCUCGACGCUCUCACAGAAUGGUCAAAUCGAUCGGCUGAUCCUCUCAUACCUGGGAAACAACAAAGCGUUGGAGAAGAAGUACCUGACGGGUAAUAUCGCUAUCGAGCUUUGCCCGCAAGGCACGUUGGCGGAGCGCCUUCGGGCCGGGGGUGCUGGUAUUCCGGCAUUUUUUACCCCAACGGGAGCCCACACCUUCAUCCAAGAGGGUAAAAUUCCUGUUCGCAUGGAUGAAUCAGGAAAGGUUCUGGAGUCUGGCAAGCCGCGUGAGACACGCGAGUUCAAUGGAAAGACUUACCUCAUGGAGGAGGCGUUGACCGGCGAUGUAGCCAUCCUGCGGGCUUGGAAGGCCGACGAGGCUGGCAACUGUGUGUUCCGAUACACCACUAAGGCUUUCGGUCCCAUCAUGGCCAAGGCCGCAACCCUUACCAUUGUGGAAGCCGAGAACAUCGUUCCGGUGGGAUCAAUUGACCCCAAUGAUGUGGACUUACCAGGGAUCUUUGUGGAUCGCAUCGUCCCUGCGACGGAUGAUAAGCAUAUUGAGAACAAGAAGCUGCGGUCUGGCGAGGCUAGUGGCUCUGUGAACGACGCUGCUCAAAUCCAAAGAGAGGUGAUCGGUCGUCGGGCCGCCAAGGAACUGAAAUCAGGAUACUAUGUGAAUUUGGGCGUUGGUAUUCCUACUCUGGCGCCAUCUUUCCUGCCCAAGGAUGUCAAGGUGUGGAUUCAGUCCGAGAACGGAAUCCUAGGAAUGGGUGAUUACCCCACGGAGGCAGAAGUUGAUGCGGACAUCAUCAAUGCUGGUAAAGAAACCGUUACUCUCGUUCCCGGAGCUGCCACAUUUGACAGCACUGAGUCCUUUGGGAUGAUUCGCGGGGGCCACGUUGAUGUAUCUAUUCUCGGAGCCUUGCAAGUGAGUGCCAACGGGGAUCUGGCCAACUACAUGAUCCCGGGCAAGGUGUUCAAGGGCAUGGGAGGAGCGAUGGACUUGAUCUCCAACCCCGAAAAGACCAAGAUUGUGGUGGCUACCAGUCAUGUCGCGAAGGAUGGAUCACCCAAGAUCGUGCAGAAGUGCAGUCUGCCCCUGACGGGCGCCAACGUGGUCAGCACUAUCAUCACAGACCUGUGUGUGUUCCAGGUAAACCGGAAGACAGGGGAGCUCACCCUGACAGAGCUGGCUCCGGGUGUUGAGGUGGAGGAAGUGCGCAGCAAGACUGACGCACAGUUCACUAUCGCGGAGACGCUGGAAAUUAUGGAGUAA